AUGAUGAUGAUGAUUAACGAAUUUUAAAAAAUCCUAUAAUAUCUUGUAAUUAAUUAUUUGUUUUACAGAACGAAAAGUGAAGGGAUGUAAUAGGGCUGUGAUGUGAAAUUUGAGAUAAACGAAGUAGUUUGGGCUAAAGUCUUAGGCUGUAAGUAGUUUUUUAAGCUUUAGAUCCAUGGUGGCCAGCAUAAGUAAAUUAUAGAAUAAUCAUAAAUAGAUCUCCUCAAUUUCGAAUGGGAAGACAGGUACAAACUAAUCAUUCAGGGUGAAUUUUUUAGCGGAUGGAACACAGUAUUUGUUUUAAUAAUAGUAUAGUGCUGAUUGUCGUCUUGAGAAAGUGAAAAAAUGGAAUGAUAGGCCAACUCAGACAGAAACUAAGAAAUUGAAGGAAGCAAUCGAAUUAGCUAUUCAAAUUCAGACUGGAUAAUAUAAAAACAUAUUGCCGAGCUUUGAAAAUCUGAAUGGGCAUGUGCUUAAGAGUCUUGUAAUUAAAUUGAAUGAUUUAAUGAGAAAGGACUAUUCGAUGGAAGAUGUAAUUGUUGCUGUAUAUAUAUAGAUUGUGCAAUACUUGAAUAAUAUUACGAGUAAUGAAUUGUUGUCGAUUGUUAAAAUGAAUCUAGGUUAAUAGUUGUUUCAAAUACAUAAGAGUCGAGAAUAGAAGGAAUUCCAAAGUCGACUCCAAUCCUUUCUAGAUCAAUUGACUAGCAUAAUCGGCUAUAAAGAAUAGUCAGAACAAAUAACCAGUAGCAAAAAGAAAUUUAAAUAAUCCAUUUCAAAUGAGGAACCUCUUGAAGAGAUUACAAAAUGCGUAAUUAUUUAAGAUGGACCUGAAGUCAAGAGAAAAAAAGUAGAUGAGAAUCUUUAGAAUACUCCCCUUAAUUAAUGAUGAUUUUAUAAUCUAAUUUAUUUCCAAU